AUAUGACAUGGCCAGUCUAUCGUCAGCGCCCCGGGAAAAGUACGUUCGUUGUAGGCUGGAAUGUCUCUCGCCGAUGUGGACCUGUUGAAGUUGCUGGGAGGGACUCUUGCACGUCGUAUUUCGUAUUCCGUAUUAGUUCUGGCGCCAUACAACCUUGAUCCAAACGGCCGUAAUUUUAACCUGACAUCAAUUGAAUGCGUAUUCGCGCCAUGUGGCACUGGUUAUGGGGUUCCUCAAUGCCUGUCUCCCGCUGCUGAUGUUGCGAGUAAAUAACCCAAACUGUGGCUGAUGUCUUUAGCCCGCGGCUUCCUGUGCCACUCUCGGGCCGAUGACAUAAAUAUUUAACUAACUUACUCCCUAAUUGGACAGCUGCCAGCAUCACCGUCAAUACAAGCUGGACAACGUGAGAGCAUCAGCAGGGAAUUGUACCUACAAGAGCAACCAGGUCCGCUGGGAAAUUUAUCAGCAGUAGUCUGAUCGCUUUUGGCAAAGGGGUCCAUUUUGAUCUUGUUUAAAUUCCGCGAUAUUCUCCAACGCUCGCUCGUGCACUCCCGCAGCAGCCCAGUUUCCUACCCGAGCUCCCUCCUCCUGCAUCCCAAGCUCUUUGACAACGCUCCCUUUGUUUACUCCAGCGACGUCUCCGACUCUCACCCGUACAAAAACGAUUAAAUGUCUCCUCUAAAGCUCAGGAUCGAGGGAAGCACCUUCCGGGAUCCACAGAACAGAGAGGUCACUCUAAGAGGAAUCAACGUAGACGCUGGUGCUAAAUAUCCCAAACACCCAAAUAUACCUUCGUAUACCCCGCAGAACUUCUAUGAUGGGGAUAAUGUUUCCUUUGUUGGCCGACCGUUCGAGCUAAAAGAUGCACACACUCACUUUUCAAGGUUAAAGAGAUGGGGUUACAAUCAUAUAAGAUAUAUCUUUACUUGGGAGGCACUGGAGCAUAGCGGACCCGGCAAAUAUGAUGAGGAAUUUAUAAAAUUCACAAUAGAAAUAUUGCGUUUAGCGAAGGGCUAUGGGUUUUACAUUUAUAUGGACCCUCAUCAGGAUGUGUGGUCUCGAUUCUCUGGCGGCUCGGGGGCUCCUAUGUGGACGAUUUACGCAGCUGGGUUCAAUCCUCGCAACUUCAAUGUCACGCAGGCUGCUCUUGUGCAAAACACCUGGCUUCCCGACCCGGCCUCCUUUCCGAAAAUGAUCUGGAGCACGAAUUAUACCCGGCUCGUCUGCCAAACAAUUUUCACCCUUUUCUGGGCAGGCAGGGACUUCGCACCAAAGGCAAUUAUCGAUGGCAAAAAUAUUCAAGAUUACCUCCAAAGCCACUACAUAAACGCGUGCAAACAUCUGGCAACACGGAUCCAUGAGGCAGGCGAUCUAGAGGACGAGGUUGUCAUCGGGUGGGAAAAUAUGAACGAGGUGAAUCGAGGGUUGGUAGGAGUUCAGGACCUCUCUGCUAUCCCGGCAGAACAACAACUCCAACUUGGCACUUCGCCAACUGCUUUUCAGGGGAUGUUGACUGGCUCCGGCCGUGCGUGCGAAGUGAACACAUGGGGAUUUGGCAGCUUUGGGCCAUACCAAAUUGGAAGGGAACUUGUUGAUCCUAAGGGUGAAAUUGCUUGGCUCCCUGCCGAUUACGAUGACACUUUCUAUGGCUGGAAAAGGGACCCUCAGUGGAAAUUGGGAGAAUGUCUCUGGGCUCAACACGGCGUCUGGGAUCCCAGCACUGACAGUUUGCUGAAAAAAGACUACUUCGCCAAGGACCCGAACACCGGUAAAGCCCUCAACUACGAGGAAUUUACGAAUCAAUAUUUUAUGGCUCACUAUCGGAAUUUCAGGGAUGCCAUUAGAAGUGUGCAUUCCAAUGCUAUCAUGUUCUGUCAGCCUGCUGUGUUGGAGCUACCUCCGUCCAUUAAGGGGACCGAAGAUGAUGAUCCAAACAUGGUCCAUGCUGCGCAUCAGUACGAUGGGCUUACACUCAUGACUAAGCAUUGGAAUCGAAUUUACAACGUGGACGUAGUCGGGGUUAUACGAGGGAAAUAUCUCAGCCCGAUAUUCGCUAUCAAAAUAGGAGAAACUGCAAUUAGAAAUUGUCUCCGCGAUCAGCUACGCUUUUUGCGAAAAGAGAGCUUCGAUUACAUGGGGAUUCACCCAAUGGUUUUCACCGAGAUUGGUAUCCCAUAUGACAUGGACGAUAAGCACGCUUAUAAAACAGGCGAUUAUAGCAGCCAAAUCAGUGCAAUGGAUGCUAAUCACUUUGCGAUCGAAGGGAGUGGAUCAAACGGCUUUUCGCUGUGGUGUUAUACGUCAGAGAAUUGCCAUGAAUGGGGUGAUCGAUGGAACGGCGAGGAUCUUUCCAUAUUCUCAACCGAUGACCUAGAAUUUCCUCCUCCAAAUCUAGAUGUACUCGGGGAGAUCUCGCAGGAUCGGCCUUCUACAUCCUCCGAUCGAACCUCCCCCGCAUUCUCCGCUGCUCAAAGCAACUCAGUCACCCAGGUUUCCGCUGGGAACCUGAAAGACGCUAUUCCGCAGCCAUCUAUCACACAGGCGUCACAGCCGUCCUCCGAGCUGACGGAUAAGCCUGGCUUCCGUGCAGCUGAAGCGUUUGUCCGGCCAAGUCCUGUCCUUACUCACGGCUCCAUCAAAGAAUAUGGGUUCGACCUCCGCAACUGUCUCUUCACGCUAUCCUUAUCGGCCGAGACUGCAACACCUGAGGAUGCCCCUUCCAUUAUUUACCUCCCCGAGUGGCACUAUCCAAGAAUGCACACAGAGGUCGCGGUUAGCGGUGGAAAAUGGGUUAUCGAUGUUCAAGCUGUUGGGUCUGGAACCCUGCAAAUGCUGAAAUGGUGGCAUGCAGAGGGUGACCAAAAUAUCAAAAUCCAGGGCGUAAAGCGCAGAGCUGCUACUGUCCCUGACACCAGUGAGGAUGAAGGGUACCUUGAGCAAUGCCAGCGUAAUUCUUGCAGCGUGAUGUAGUGCCUUGCAGUAUUUUGUGUCGGUUCCCAGCCUAACUUUCCUGGUUUUUUGUGUUGUGUUUGUUUUCUUACUUCUUCUGAUAUGAGAGUUUCGGUGUUUGUUUCGAAAGUUCGCUCCUGGCAUUUUGUCGUCGUCCGGAUAUAGGUGCUGUUACACUGCUGGUUGGUUCAAUCAUGAUAUAGACGACUUCUCUUCGAGCACUUGGUAAUUCUUUCUAGACUAAUGGUGAUAUCGCUAUGGAGUCCAGUGGUCUAUCUCUUUCCUGCGCAUAAUAUCAUAUAUUAAACAUUUGGCUCGCAAACGAAGUUUCGUCUCCAAGGUGCUGCCCCACUUCUCGAUUUUGUGGUGUUUAGCAAUUGGAUUUAGUUUUAACUCGACAGCCAACGGGUUCGAGAUAUUGUUGUGAACUCUAUAGAGUUAAUCGUUAGCCAUAGCACAGUGACGGCGUCAAUGAUCGGUUCAGUAUCAAUAGGGCUGUUCACACGAAAGCUCAAGAAAUAAACAUCAAAGGGGAUUAAGAUGAGUCAUCAAUAUUAUCCCGUAUCGCAACUAUGCAAAUGCGAGACAUGCCAAAUUCAAAAAGUAACUAAACCAUGCCUGAUAUCAGCAGAAAACUGAGAAAAUGCGGACCCAAGAUAUGUAUGUACUUUAUAUCCAUCCUCCCCAUUAAAGAAAAGUUUUCUAUUUUCGUAGUUAUUUUACCGUAGGUGUCUAUCAACCACAUGAAACGCUUUUAUUUGAUGCUAGUGCUGCUGCUGUUGGUGUUGCUGCAUUUGAUAUCGAAGUUGCGGAAGAUCGUUGAACCAGGCAUGGCGAAGUGCGUCGGCCGCGCUAAUCCGCAUCUCAGGGCGUAACUGCAGCAUGCGAUUGAGAAGAUCAAGACCUAGAGGAUCUAUCUGAGGAAGUAUCAGGCUCAAAUCCUGCGUGGCAUACACG